CAUCGCAAGCACACUUUUAAGUGAAUGUGUAUAUUUCCUGACAGGCUGCUUGCUGCCCGACUGUACUGCGAAGUAUUACAAGUGUUGGUGGAUAACUACGAGCUUAGAACCUAAUCGGCUCUGCACACACCUUUAACACCAGUUCUCUUUUUUUUUUAUCGCCUCACCAGCAACUUUAUCGACGUCAUUGCGGUUAUAAUCCUCCUCCACUCCGACUGGCGGCGACAAGAGUCGUCAACAACCAUGUGAUCUGACAACAAAAACAUUUUCAGUUGGCCAGUCAUAUGAGAAGUAAAUAGCCACAAAUGGCUGCUGAAGACAACGAAAUCACCCUGUCCACGGAACCUACACGUUACAACAUCGGACCUAUAACUGCUAAAUCAACAGUUCGAAUAUGGGGACGGUUUCGAACCUUUUCUGGAUUGACAUCAAUAGAAUGGCUCUUCUUAUCAAUGUCUCUUAUAAACAUUAUCAUUGCAAUCUGUUUGACUAUCUAUCAACUCGUCAAAGCAGUUACUGAAUUGCACUAUGCUGAUAUUAUCUUCACGAUUCUUAUUCUCAUAAAUGCAGGAUUCUGUGUGUUUUAUACCAUUCACGGUCUCCUUAGAGAACGAGCCUAUGAACUGCUAGCUUUGGUUGCUGCAAUGGUUGUUAUUCUGAUCUACUGUAUUGUGCAAGCCAGCAUAACGAAGAAUUUAGAAACAGUUAAAUUGGUUCGGCUCAUUAUAGCCUCCAUACUUGUUCCAUUAAAUAUCUGCUUGGCUACACUUGUUGUACGAAGGUUUGGCUGGCUUGAAUUCAAGAUAGUCGGGGCUUCUGAAGCUCUUCAGAACAUGUACAAACAGGCAACACUGUUUUCAACAUUAUUAAAAUUUGAUCUCCAAGUCACUGUCAGCGUUGUGAUUCUUACUCUUAGUCUGCGGUUUAAUAACUUUGCCAACCUUACCCUAAACACUAUGGAGCUUGUUGUUCUGUUUAUUGGCAUUCCAAUAUCCUUAGCGUGGGAUUUUCUUGGCUACGUGUUGAUGAAGAAGGAAAGCAAGAUUGGUGUUUUGGUAUUCAUUCUAGUUGGAUUCUUAAAGCCUGGAUAUUACUUAUUUAAAACAAUAACUCUUUACAUCCAUUUAUCAAACUUACAACCCAACACCAAUGAACUUACUGAAAAGUUUAUGAUUUACUGUAUACUGACUUCAGUUACCAUAGCAUUGUCCGUUUGGGCUUUAUUAAUGAUUGAGCUAUUUUUCGUACAACGCAACUUUAACAAAGGCCUUAAAGAAAGAGUGAAGGCAACACUAAGAAGGAGUUCUGUCUACAGUUUAAACAAAUCUGGACUGAUAUCCUAUGUUUGAUAUCAGAUUAUAUUCAUAUAUGCACAUCCAUUUUACCCUAAUGAUGAUUUUAAAUACAAGCAAAAAAGUCUUAAUGAACCUGAAAUGGAGUCUGGUUAAAAACAAAUUCACAUAAAAUGUAUAAAAUACAUGUUGACUGCACAGUAUUUCUACAUGGCACUUUUAAUAAGCACUAUAAUUAAUCUCAUACACAAACAUCAAAAUCAUCUUAAGUUGGCAAGAUAUCUUUAAAGCAUCUCAUUUGUAGAAGCUUAUACUGACAUAUCUUAUAUUUUGUCAUUGCUCAGUGCUGGACCAGGCAGAUUUUUAGGUGUGAUGCCAACAGAAAGAACUGGUCUUCUCUCAGCACACAGUUACCAAGCAGUCAGACUUUACCAAUGAUGAAAUGAAUACCAAAAUUGUAUCUUUGACAAAUUUUUAAAUCAUAUUAUUUUCUUAAAAUUCUAUUUUAUAUUAAAAGUUGUUGCUCAUUUAAAAAAUUUUAUCAAUGACAUUUUGCCUAUAUUUUAAAUGUGGCAUGAAAAAAUUUAUGCAUUUUAUUGAAAUAUCAAUCACACAGGCACAACUGUGGAUUUUUUUUUUUUUUUUUUUUUUUGCUACAUUUGUACAUUUACAGAUUUCAUUUCAUUUCAAACUGGAUCAUCAAUUUUCUAAUCAAUUACCAUCCCAUUGAAAACAGAAUGUUGGAAAAUAAGUCAGGAAUGGCUAAAUUCCAUCCCCAGAUUAACCCACCAAACAUCGUUCGAAGUGCUUCCAUACAGUUUACUGCCUUAUCUCUCUGCAACUGAGUCUCUUGACAUUGAGGAGUCUUUUAGCAUCUAUAACAUAUUUGGCUUUGAUUAUGGCUUCUCUGUGAACAAGAGAGAUAACAUGAUAGUAUUAUGGGCUGUAUAAAAAUGAGGCAACUGAAUGGUCUGUUUAUGCAAUAUGAACCUCUUAGCUAUUCACCUAACAAACACAUGGUGGUUAAGAGCUCUGAAGUGAAAUUGAGAAAAUGUAUCUGUGUGUGUAUGUGUGUAAAGACUUCAGACAGUUCUACUUCAUCCUUGUCUAACUCAUACCAGCAGUAUUCAAGCAAACUAUUCAAUGAUUUGCUAAAUCUACUCUUAUUGAUAACAUCAAUCUCUACUGUUCCCAUCUAUUGGGAAGUUCAUCAUUACAUUCUGAGGUAUUGGCCAUCAAAAGUCAUUUGAUAAUUUGUUAAUUUUGGUUGUUAUAUACAUGCUUUCAUGCUCUAUGAAUCGAUCAACAAUUGUUAAAUUUUUCAAAGAUUUGCUAUAAAAAUUAUUUUCUACUAUGACAAAAGCAUUUGAAGAAUUUUGGAAACAAAAAACAUUUGAAAAUUUUUAUGGCUACGUUAUAGAUUUCAGCUGAAAAUCUUUUCAUCAAUGGCUAAACUUAAUAAUUCACUUAAUGAUUAAUAAGAAAUAAUUUUUCCUGUACAUACAUUAAUAAAAAAAAAAACCUGUUAAUUAUAUACAGUUCUUCCAUAAUUUCUCUUUCAUUUGAAUGACUUUGAAACUGCCAUAAAUCCAUUUCCUAGUUCUCAUAAGUCACUAUCAAUUCACUUAAUAUCAACCAUGUUUUACCAACCAAUGAGGAUUCUAAUGAUUAUUUCCCUGUGGAGACCUGUUUUAACCCUUAUUUUACCAUAUUUCUGUUGAAAUAGCUGCUUUUGUUUCAAUUAAUUUGGAAAAUAUGAAGAAUUUAAUAAAAUAAUUUUGUUAUUGCUAAAUUGUUGUUUAGAUCAAAAUUAACUUGAAAUUUUGAUAGAAAAUUUUAAUUUAGACCACUUUGAAACAAAAAGUUUGUAUCAUAGAACCAGAGUUGGUCUCUAAAAGGUUAAUGUGAAUUAAAAUUUUAAAAAAUAGAGAACCAUUAUACUGUAUUCUGAAGGUCAUUACUCUCUGAAUGUCUACCUGUAAAAAAAUGUGCUAAUCCCAAGGGUAGCAUUAGUGAAACAACUCUGACUUUAAUCUUUUAUAUGAAAAAUAAAGAAAUUAUUAAAAAAAUAAAGAAAUAAUAUUUCAUAUCCAAAUCCAUAGAACCAUCCCAUCCAUAUUCAAUGUAAAAUUGUAAAAUUCUUUCAAAACCCGCUAUUAAAUGAAGCUAGAUGCUGGAUGGUGUCUCUUACAGAAACUGAUAUAUCAUGACCAGAGAUUGCCAUGGAAUAUGAUAUAUUUUAUAACCAGUAUAAGGAAUUUGUUACUAAAUGUGAUAUAUAAUGUGUUAUGUCACAUUACUCAUCAUGGACAGUCAAUGAAGCCAGUUGAACCUUUAACUGCUGCUAAAAUAAAAUAAAAUAAAAUCUUUUUCACAGAAA